UUCUGAAGCUUUUAUUGAAAAGGUGACCGAAACAAACGUCUUGAUCGGUGAUCGGUUGUCUCAUUCAAUACCGAUCAAUCCUAGUCUUCUCGAAGCUGUUACUCCACGAUAUGCGUCUGAUUGGAUGAUCACGGCUGCUAGUAGAGUGAUGUCACUCUUAUUUGCAGCAAACUUAAGAUGUAAAAAGAUCAAAGUAGAUAAUUUCUACAACACGGCUAUUGAUUUAUUAGGUUCGAUUGACCUAGCAGCUGAUUUCGAAAGAUGGGAAACUUCAGCUUCAUCUUAUGCAUUAUGUGGAUACCCUUGUUUGUUAAGUAUUGGAGCUAAGAUCACAAUGUUAACGCAUGAAGGUAAAAGACAAAUGGGGGCAGAAGCUCGACAAGCUUUAGUGGAUGGUCUUUUAGGUCGUAGAGCUUUGGCGCCAGUUUUACAAUUGAAUAUUAGAAGGAAUCAUUUGGUGGAAGAUUCUUUGAGACAGAUUGAACGUUCUCGUGGUGAAUUGAAAAAGUUGUUGAAGAUUUGUUUUGUGGGAGAAGAUGGAUUAGAUGGUGGAGGAUUGAAAAAGGAGUGGUUCUUGUUACUUAUCCGACAACUAGUUGGACCCGAAUAUGGAAUGUUUAUACAUGAUCCAGAUAGUAAUCAACUUUGGUUCAAUCCAGCUUCACAAGAAUUAGGAGAGUUUCGAUUGAUUGGAACGGUGAUUGGAUUAGCGAUCUAUAAUCGAGCUACAUUAGAUAUCAGUUUACCAUUAGUUUGUUAUAAGAAAUUGCUAGGACAAAAUCAAGUUAGUUUAGCUGAUUUAGAAAUCAUGAGACCUCUUACGGCACGUGGGUUAAGACAAUUACUUGAAUGGGAUCAUCCUGAGAUGGUAGAAGAAAUCUUUUGUAGAUCGAUGGUAGGUGAAUAUGAAGAUUUUGAUGGAACUGUGAUUGAAGUUCCUUUGGUUCCUAAUGGAUCUAAUAUUCCGGUCACUGGAUCUAAUCGAGAAGAAUUUGUGGAACUUUAUGUGGAUUUCUUGUUGAAUGUAUCUGUUCAACAUCAAUUUAUGGCCUUUAAAGAAGGAUUUGAUGCAGUAGCAGCAGGAAAUGCAUUAAGUUUAUUUCAACCAGAAGAAAUCGAAUUAGUAGUAAGUGGAUCAAGAGAAAGAUUAGAUGUAGAUGAAUUAUCAAGUAGAACGGAAUAUGAAAAUUAUCAAUCUAAAGAUUUAACGAUUCUAUCAUUUUGGAGUUAUAUGAAAAGUUUAAAUCGAUCUGAAGAAAAGAAAAUCUUAAGUUUUAUUACAGGUACUGAUCGGAUUCCAACGUGUGGAUUGAAGUUUAAGAUUUCAAGAGAAUUUGAUCUCAAUCGAUUACCUUCUUCUCAUACUUGUUUUAAUCAAUUGGUUUUACCUGAUCUUUUAACGGUUCAAAAGGUUUCGGAAAAACUUUGGAUUGCUAUGAAUGAAAGUGAAGGGUUUGGAUUAAAUUAAGUUUGAUGAUUUUGAUCUUUUCUUUUUGUAUCUUUCUCUUUUAUAUUCUGUUUGUGUGAGCAAAGCGUUGUAUGUUGUAGUUUUUUUUUCUGUUGGUUGUUUUGCAAUUGUAUACUUGUUCUUCUCUUUCUUUCUCUGUUUAUAUGUGUGUGUGUGUUACAGAUUUAAAUCAAAGUAGGAUUACUAAAGAUAAUAUACAUGUAUAGUGAAUUUGAUGAAUUUGAAAUAAUCUUUUACAUUUUUUUUUGGUUUUCU